UCAGUAGAGUAUUAGUUCGAAACACCUGUAGACGCUAGUAUGUGAUUGAACACUGAAUUUUAUAAAUAUUAGGGAAUGUAUGUUGCCAGAGUGUGCUAGAAUGGAAUCUGUCGCGAAGUGUAUGUUGUUGUGUCCGGGAAUGUGAGGUACAGGAGCGAACAAAGGGACUCUCAUCUCCAUAGGUUAGCAAACUCUCCGAAACAUCGCCGCAACCACGCAUUCCGUCGAUUAAUUAACGCCAUUAAAAGUGCCAUAAAUAAACAUUCGAUAUACGUAAAAGUGCAAUAACGCGAACUUGAAUAUUCAAAGUGAACACUGUGAUACAAAAGACAAUGACUCGCCGCAAUUUAGAAGAACUAUCUGCCAAUUCCUCUUCGCCGAUGGAUUCAGAUGGUACAAUUAUGUCUCCGCCUCCUCCCCAAGCGUCUCCAGCUGACCGUUCUCCUCUGCGAGACGCGCCCAGUUCACCCGCGAUGUUAGCUACCAUGACUCCAGUAAAUGCGCUGGAAUUAAAAAAAGAGAUGGAGGAAAAACGUGCCAUGGGACAUUCUCCCCUUUACGCUCAAGUUAAGACCGAAGUGAUGUACGAAAAAGACGAUGAAUUAUACGCGCACGCAGUUCACGAUAAAAACGACGCACCUAUAGAUCUCAUAUAUGACGACGGAAACAAAACGGUCAUUUAUACGACGACGCCCCAUCAAAAGGGGUUAGAAAUGUAUUCUUCGGAUAAUUCGGGAGAGAUAACUAUUAAUAAUAUAAACGCUCAUCACAUUCAGGGACAGCAAAUCGCUGACGUAUUAAUUGACAGUAAUUCGGGUGCCAUGGUGACAACGGGGGAUGUAGCUGGAAGUCCUCCGGGAACCGUUUCCGUCGUUUUGCAAGGAAACGGCCAGGGACUAUUACAGUAUCCACAAAGUCAAGUACCUGGAACCACCGUCCUCGUUGUUUCCGAGCUGGUGGACGACAUGGGUUUACCACUCGUCGGAAUUAGAAAACGAAAGGACAGUUUGGAGUCCAGUGGCAGCACUCACACAGGAGGUGCGGGUGAAUUGUCAGCGGCGGCUCCCCGGGGUAUGGCCGAGCUGCCCGAGGGGGGAGCCCCUCAAGAAGACCAACAAACCUGGCGAACUUCUAAUUACGAGCACCCCCUGACUGCAGCCACCACCGCUAUGCUAAACAUCGGUGGCGGCGCCGAAGACCAAGCCACCACUAUGGGGCUCAUCUACGAAUAUUAUAAAUUACCUGCCCUUCCUGCGGAUUCAAAGGAUAAACUCGGCGAUAUUUGGUCGACGAGUUCCCAGGCUGGUGGAAUCCUGACAUCGCAGUUAAAGGCGGCCAAUGGGCUAGUGAGUGGGGCUGGCUUAGAGCUGACAAACCCGCCUCUAAGCACCGCAAAUCAACUAAGUACUCAAGACAUACAAGGUUUAUUUAUAAACCAACACGUUGGUUAUGCACAGCCCACGGCCUCCGGUAGCCAAAGUUUGCACAUAGUGAAACGCGAACCGGAAGACUUGAGCCACCACCGGAAAUUGGACGCGAGUUCUCCAGGUCUGGAUGGAUCGAUAAUCGUUAGCAAACAACCGCGACACAAGGUUGUGCUGGUAUCUUCCGUGAGCGGCCAGCCGGGGGAUUUGGUGGUGGAUGUCAACACAAUUAAAGACGAAAGUUGUCUUAACUCUCCGCAACAUGCUUCUCGUUCAGUAAAUGGAACACCGACUUCUUCACAUAGCAGUUUACUUGCCGAUGGCUCUAACACCGGUCCCAUAGAGUUUGUAUCUUCGGAUGGCCUCAAGCCGGCAAUGUACAGCACUCAAAUAUUUGCGACUAUGAAUAAUACUCACAGUGGUAGUGGAACUCCUUCGCCUAUCCCUUAUAGUGAUCAUGUAACCCAAUACACCCAAAACGCGAUUAGCGGCGGUUAUACGAGUUCUACAGUGCGAGCGUCUAGCUCAGGAGCGUUUACCGUCACCGAUCCGUAUUAUCGGGAGUAUUUUACUACCGUUGCCUCCGGGGCUGGCACUCCGGAGCCUAUUUAUACGAGUCAAUUGCGCCAAAAUCAGUUAAAUUAUGGCGAGGAAGCGGUUGGCGGUGGAACGACAGCUAGUUUCGUCGAACGAUAUGUUCGGCAAUCCAGUGCGUAUCACAAUAAAGGAGUUAUUGCCGCCGCCACCGCUGCCGGCCUUACCGUGGAUUUACCAAGUCCGGAUAGUGGAAUUGGUGCAGAUGCCAUCACACCUCGCGACCAGAACACGAUGCAACAGUCGUUUGACUACACGGAGCUAUGUCAAACAAAUCCUUCGCUGCUGGAUCCCCUAUCUAUGAGUCAACGCGGCGUCGUUACUACUGCCCAAUCUGGUGCUCAAACUGGCAGCAGAAGUCGUCCUUGGCACGAUUUUGGCCGUCAAAACGAUGCCGACAAAAUACAAAUACCUAAAAUAUUUUUGCCGUAUGGUUUUAAAUACUUCCUAGAAACGCCGAUAUCAACAUCGCAAAGGCGUGAAGACGAUCGUAUUACUUACAUAAAUAAAGGACAAUUUUAUGGAAUAACCUUAGAAUAUCUUCCAGAUCCCGACAAACAACUUAAAUCACAAACCGUCAAGAGUAUUGUUAUGCUGAUGUUUAGAGAGGAGAAGAGUCCGGAUGAUGAAAUAAAGGCAUGGCAGUUUUGGCAUGGACGGCAGCAUUCUGUCAAACAAAGAAUAUUGGAUGCCGACACAAAAAAUAGUGUGGGACUGGUGGGAUGUAUCGAAGAAAUUGCACACAAUGCCAUCGCGGUUUAUUGGAACCCACUAGAUAGUCCUGCAAAGAUCAAUGUUGCUGUUCAGUGUUUAAGUACGGACUUCAGUAGUCAAAAAGGAGUGAAGGGACUUCCUUUACACCUACAAAUCGACACAUACGAAGACCAUAGAGAACCAACGGUGAAUCACCGAGCCUACUGCCAAAUAAAAGUGUUUUGUGAUAAGGGAGCCGAACGCAAAACAAGAGACGAAGAAAGGAGGGCCGCGAAACGAAAAAUGACGGCGACGGGACGUAAAAAACUCGACGAACUGUACCAUCCAGUCUGCGAUAGGUCCGAAUUUUACUCCAUGAGUGAUUUAACAAAACCGCCAGUUCUAUUUACUCCCGCAGAGGAUAUCGAUAAGUUGACAUCAAUGGAGCUGCAAGGUUUUUAUCCACAUGACACGGACAGUUCUCUAAGUGGACCUGCCGAUCAUGUAAAAUCUGGUUCGCCCUUCCUUUUACAUACCGCCGGCAAACCACCGACGACACCCACUUUGAAAUUUCACAACCAUUUCCCUCCCGAUUCUGAAAAGAAAGACAGCCUUCUGGAUACUAGUUUAACUACUGAUGGAGCAUUGUUCACUCCACCAUUGAAACGUGCCAAAGUGAUUGGUAGCGUGUCCGGAUCCGGAGGACCGCCGCCUUUAAACGAGCGAGUAAUGCUGUACGUACGGCAAGAGUCGGAGGACAUAUACACACCAUUGCACGUGGUUCCACCGACGACGGUUGGAUUACUAAAUGCUAUUGAGAAUAAGUACAAAAUUUCUGCUUCGAGCAUAAAUAACUUGUAUCGCAAAAACAAAAAAGGCAUUACGGCCAAGAUUGAUGACGAUAUGGUAGCGUACUAUUGCAAUGAAGACCUUUUUCUCCUAGAACUGAAAGCGGUCGACGAAGAACUGUUUGAUAUUACUUUUAUAGAACUGAUGGAUCAUUAACUCUCUUGUUGCUAUAUAAGUUUUGCCCUAACAUACUCAUUUAUCGUUUGUUGUGAUUGUUUCUAGAAUAUCUUUUAAGAACAAAGUGUUGAAUGUAGAAUUUUAUUUUUUGUUUAUAGAAUCUAGAAAGUGUCAUCGUAUUAGAACUUCCGAACACUUUUAUUUCUUUAAGUUAUUGUUAUUAUUAGUUGAUUUUAUGAUGGUCACAAUUUUGUUUUACAAUUAGUUUGUGACCUUUAGCAUUCAAUGUAUUUUACAUUCUAGGCUCGAAUUUUUAUAUUACGGCAAUAUCGAACUUUUUCAAACCAUACUAAGUAAUUAAUGAACGUAUACGUUAAGCCAAUUAAUGGCGAAUUUGAUUUUUAAAAAUCAUGGUCACCAAUGAUCUCACAGUUGUAUUUAUACAGGUAUUAUAACAACCCUUACAGCGACACAAGAUUAUGUAUCAAAGGGAAUGGGUUAUGGAACUCUAAUUGUAAAUGUAAAUUGUACAUACAUACCAGAUCCAGCCAUGACUUAGCAAUAAGAAUUAUUGAAAAAAUAUUACAUUGUGAUUUUCGUUAAUUUAAAGUAUAUUAUAUGUUAAUGUUAUGAUUGAUAACCAAUUGAAAUUCGCGUACGUUAAUUUCACUUUUAAAAUGUAAGAUUUUCCCGGAUUUCAGUUGGUUUAUUCUAAUUUUGAGCAUUCCAUUAUGCGAGAGGGUAGUAUUAAAGAUAAUUUGGCCACUCGCCCAAAAAACAUUUAAAGCGUACCUGACUUAUGCUUAUAUCUUGAUAAAGCCAAUUUAAAAAAUGGCAGUUUCCAAAAACUUAUAAUUGAGUUUUAUGUAGAACAUCUUUAAGUUUUUCUCAUGAACCGGAAAAUUUAGCACUGAUUUGAAUAAUUUUUUGUAUAAAUUUCAAUAUUUAUUGAGCGUAUUUAAUCAUUAUAUUUGAUUCCGUACAUUUUUAUAUAUUUUUAUAUACUUAGACUUCCUUAGGGUUAAGUAUUGCUAAUUUUAGAAAUAGCUCUCUUUAUCAUCCAUUAUUUUUAAAAUGUAUGAUAGAAAAGCUAUAUGCAUAUCACUGCAACGAAUCAUCACCAUUGUUU